UUAAUAUCCCUCACCGUUAUGUGCCUGCAUGGUUAAAAGCAAUUGCACUUUUUAUUUACACGCGUAAGAAAUUACCAGAAAUUAGAUUUUGUAAAAAUCUGAUUAAUUGGAUUUUUAGGCUACAAAGCAGGCGGGGCAGGAUGGCCCGUAGCCUCUCAGCUGCACCGGCGUGCUGCAUGUGGAUAUGAAAUGACAGGCUGCAGAUGGUCCUUUUUUCACCCCUAGAAAGUUCUCUCUUUUUGGGGCCAAAUUCAUAUCUGUGAUCCAUUAAGCAUCGCAGAUCCCCUGAGGAGUUGAUGGUGGGUUUUCUGAAGUGAUUUCGUGGUGCUAAACUGCGGACAUGGAUGGGGCAAAGAAAGAUGCCCCUCCUGGGGGCGAUGGAGGAAAAUCAGACACCCUCGGGUCAACUGGCUCGGCCAGAAAAAGAGGAGGGGGGGCCAAGAAGGCGAUGCAGGCGAACAAGUCCGCCCUCAGGGCCCCCCGAGCCCUCUGCUGCCUCACCCUCAGCAACCCCAUCCGCAUGGCAGCACUGGCCCUGGUGGAGUGGAAGCCCUUUGAUAUUUUCAUUCUACUUGCCAUCUUUGCCAACUGUGUGGCCAUGGGCGUUACCAAGCCGUACCCCGAUGAUGACUCCAACGCUACUAAUCACCAACUGGAACAAGUUGAGUACGUCUUCCUCGUCAUCUUCACCAUCGAGACCUUCACUAAAAUCCUUGCCUACGGCUUAGUCAUGCACCCCAGCGCCUACAUACGCAGCGGAUGGAACUUGCUUGAUUUCAUUAUCGUCAUUGUCGGGUUGUUCAGUGUACUAGCAGAGGCCAUGACAGAUCAUAAGCCAGGAGAGGCCCAUCAUGCUGCAGGAAAACCUGGAGGCCUGGAUGUCAAAGCUCUCAGAGCGUUCAGGGUGUUGCGACCGCUUCGGCUCGUAUCUGGAGUGCCAAGUUUGCAAAUUGUGUUGAACUCCAUCAUGAAAGCCAUGGUCCCCCUUCUGCACAUUGGUAUGUUGGUUAUGUUUGUCAUCAUCAUCUACGCUAUCAUCGGCUUGGAGCUUUUCAUCGGCAGGAUGCACAAGACGUGUUACUUCACGAGCACAGGUCUCAUGGUGGAAGAUGAUCCGUCACCUUGUGCGUUUGCCGGGAGCGGGCGCUUUUGCGUCGGAAACGGGACUGAGUGCAGGGGCAAGUGGGAGGGCCCCAACGGCGGCAUCACAAACUUCGACAACGUUUUCUUCGCCAUGCUGACAGUUUUCCAGUGCAUCACUAUGGAGGGUUGGACAGAUGUUCUCUACUGGAUGAAUGAUGCCAUUGGCUUUGAGAUUCCAUGGGUUUACUUUGUUUCUCUGGUCAUCUUUGGAUCCUUUUUCAUUAUCAAUCUUGUAUUGGGUGUGUUGAGCGGAGAGUUCUCCAAGGAAAGAGAAAAGGCCGUGGCACGUGGCGAGCUGCAGAAGGCGCAGGAGAGCAAGCAGAUGGAGGAGGACAUGAUAGGCUACAUGGACUGGCUCAUAGAGGCCGAGGAUGUGGAUGAAGAAGGAAACAAACGUGCUGCAAUUGCAAAGAAAAAGAUGAUGAAGAAGUUUGGCUGGUACAAACACAGUGAGGAUGGUGGAGCAGAGUCAGACUCGGAUGAUGAUAUAGCAUACCUCGAUGAUGACAGUGGCUUCUGUGCUUCUCUCAUGGCAAAGAUGAUGGCCAAUAGCUUCUGUGACCAGUUGUGCCAGCUGAAUCACACAUUCAGGAAGAACUGCCGUGUGGCCGUCAAGACCACGAACUUCUACUGGUUGGUGCUUCUGCUGGUGUUUCUCAACACAGUGGCCAGUGCCUCCGAGCAUUACGGACAGCCAAAGUGGCUCACAGAAAUGCAAGAGCGAGCCAACAAGAUCCUGCUGCUGCUGUUCACUCUGGAGAUGUUGCUGAAGAUGUACGCCUUUGGCCUGCAGAUCUAUUUCAUGGCGCUGUUCAACCGCUUUGAUUGCUUUGUGGUGUGCGGUGGCAUCCUCGAGACGCUGCUUGUAGAGUUGGAUGUCAUCCCGCCCAUCGGCAUCUCUGUGCUGCGCUGCAUCCGACUGCUCAGGAUAUUCAAGAUGACUCGGCACUGGGCUGCUUUGUCUGACCUGGUCAACUCGCUGCUCAACUCCAUGAAAGCUAUCUGCUCCCUUCUGCUCCUGCUCUUCCUCUUCCUCAUCAUCUUCGCCUUGCUGGGCAUGCAGUUGUUUGGAGGCAAAUUCAACUUUGACGAGACUCAGAUGAAGAGAAGUACUUUUGACUCUUUCCCUCAGGCCCUGCUCACUUGUUUCCAGAUCCUCACUGGAGAGGACUGGAACGCUGUGAUGUACGACGGCAUUAUGGCAUAUGGAGGGCCGAUCUUCCCCAACAUGGUGGUGUGCAUUUACUUUGUCAUCCUCUUUGUCUGUGGUAACUACAUUCUGCUCAAUGUCUUCUUGGCUAUCGCUGUGGACAACUUGGCAGGAGGCGGCGGAAAGAAGAAAGUCGAAGAGAAAAAGGAAGAGGAAGAAGAGUGGGAUGAGGACGAAGAGAAAGAGGAUGAAGAUGCAGGGAAUGAUGAGGACGACUGGCAGGAAAACGAGGAGCUGAGGGCCAUUGAGGGACUGGAGGGAGUUGCUCCAUUAAAGCCUGAGUUCUCAGGGCCCAAAGAGAAGAUUGUACCAAUCCCUGAUGGAAGCUCCUUCUUCAUUCUUGGAAAGAAAAACUGUUUGCGAGUUGCCUGCCACAACCUCAUCCAUCACCCCUACUUCACCAACUUCAUUCUCAUCUUCAUCAUCCUCAGUAGUAUUUCCCUGGCUGCUGAGGAUCCAAUCAAAUCCCAUUCAUUCAGGAACAUAGUGCUCGGUUAUGCCGAUUAUGUUUUCACUUCAGUUUUCACAGUGGAGAUCGUACUAAAGAUGACAGUCUACGGAGCUUUUCUGCACACUGGCUCCUUCUGUAGAAAUGCUUUCAACCUUCUGGACCUGCUGGUUGUCAGUGUGUCGCUCACGUCUUUCUUUUUACAUUCGAGUGCGAUCUCUGUGGUCAAGAUUCUCCGAGUGCUGCGAGUGCUCAGGCCCCUUCGAGCCAUUAACAGAGCCAAGGGACUAAAGAAUGUGGUGCAGUGUGUGUUUGUGGCGAUUCGCACCAUCGGCAACAUCUUGAUUGUCACAACACUCCUUCAGUUCAUGUUUGCCUGUAUUGGAGUGCAGCUCUUCAAGGGCAGAUUCUACAGCUGCACAGAUGAAGCCAAACACACUCCUGUGGAGUGCAAGGGAACGUUUGUGGUCUAUAAAGACGGGGAUAUGAACCACCCCAUGGUGAAAGAGAGGAUUUGGGAAAACAGUGAUUUCAACUUUGACAAUGUGCUGAUGGGCAUGCUGGCUUUAUUCACUGUGUCAACAUUUGAAGGCUGGCCACAGCUCCUUUACCGGGCUGUGGAUGCCAAUGCCAUAAACCGAGGGCCCAUUUACAACUACCGAGUAGAAAUCUCCAUCUUUUUCAUCAUCUACAUCAUCAUCAUUGCCUUCUUCAUGAUGAACAUAUUUGUGGGUUUUGUCAUCAUCACAUUUCGAGAGCAAGGAGAGGCUGAAUUCAAAAACUGUGAACUCAACAAAAAUCAACGCCAGUGUGUGUACUACGCACUGAAAGCUCAGCCUAUAAAGAUUUACAUUCCUAAAAACCCGUCACAGCUCAAAUUCUGGAAGAUCAUCAACUCCAGCCAGUUUGAAUACAUCAUGUUUGUGCUGAUUCUGGGAAACACCCUCACGCUGGCUAUUCAGCAUUAUGAGCAGUCUAAACUGUUCACCUCCAUCAUGGACAUCCUUAACAUGAUCUUCACUGUGGUUUUCACUAUAGAGAUGAUUAUCAAGUUACUGGCUCUGCGGGCUCAUCAUUAUUUCAUCGAUCCAUGGAAUUCAUUUGACGCUUUGAUUGUUGUGGGGAGUGUGUUGGAUAUUGCAGUUUCGGAGUUUAGCGGAGGAGGCGGCCAUGGUGAGGGUGGUGGUAAAGGAGAGAGUGGAAAAGUGUCCAUCACAUUCUUCCGUUUAUUCCGAGUCUUGAGGUUGGUUAAACUGCUCAGCAAAGGAGAAGGCAUUCGAACCCUCCUCUGGACUUUUGUCAAGUCCCUUCAGGCCCUGCCUUAUGUUGGUCUGCUCAUCGCGAUGAUCUUUUUCAUCUAUGCUGUGAUUGGCAUGCAGACAUUUGGGAAAGUGGCCAUUGAUGACGACACACAUAUCAACAGAAACUGCAACUUCCAGACUUUCUUCAUGGCUGUACUGGUGCUCUUCAGGUGUGCCACUGGAGAGCAGUGGCAGGAGAUCAUGUUGGCAGCUCUGCCCGGUAGACGCUGUGACCCAGAAUCUGACACUGAGCCUGGUGAAGAGUUCACCUGCGGUAGCAACUUGUCCUACAUCUACUUCAUCAGCUUCUUCAUGCUCUGUGCUUAUCUAAUUAUCAACUUGUUCAUUGCUGUCAUCAUGGACAACUUUGAAUACCUGACACGAGACUGGACUGUGCUCGGUACACACCACCUGGACGAGUUUAAGAGAGUUUGGUCCGACUACGAUCCAGAGGCCACCGGUCGUAUAAAGCACAUCGAUGUUGUCACUAUGCUGCGUAGGAUUCAACCACCUCUUGGUUUUGGAAAACUAUGUCCUCAUCGUGUUGCUUGCAAGAGACUGGUUGCUAUGAACGUCCCACUGCACACAGAUGGGACGGUCACCUUCAAUGCUACUCUGUUUGCUCUUGUGCGAACCUCACUCAAGAUCAAGACUGAAGGCCCAAUCGACCAACAGAAUGAAGAGCUGAAGCUGAUCAUUAAGAAGCUCUGGAAGCGCACCAAGCCCAAGCUCAUUGAUGAAGUCAUUCCUCCCCCUAGAGGGGAUGAGGUGACUUGUGGGAAGUUUUACGCCAGCUUCUUGAUUCAGGACUACUUUAAAAAGUUCCGCAAGAGAAAGGAGAGGGAGAGGAAAUCUAAAAAGAAGGACAAGGCGGCUUUUCUGCAGCAAGGGCUGCGGACGCUGCAGGACUUGGCUCCAGAGAUGCGUCUGGCGAUGGCCUGUGACCUGGAAGAAGAGGAGGGUGCGGAUGGAGAGAUGACAGGUGAAGAGAUAUUUGACAGUGAGCCCGGAACCUCGGCGACCACCACGCCCGCCAGCACACCAUUGCCGCGAAUAGACACGCUAGUGGAGCAGACAACUGUGAUCAUGGAACCUGAGUCCAAGACAGCCGACUGGGGCGUGAUCACAGAGCAGGUGAAGGGCCUGCAGGAGCACCAGAGACCAGGAUCAGAGCUGGCAGGCGUCAGCAUUGUAACAGAACAGCCUGUGAGGUCCGAACCCCUGCCCAUCAGGGUGGACUCCAUCAGCCAGUUGCCUCCCCCUCCUCCUCCUCCUCCCCCAGAGAUAGAAGGUGGAGGAGAGGUUGCUGUUGAAGAACCAGUUGUGGCGGCUACAACUGGAGUAGCUGAGCAGGUUUAUAGCAGUGAAGGGGAUGCUGCACAGCUAGCAUCAGUAGACAGGUACGUGUAUCCAGAAGCUGUUUCUUCUGUACCGACUGAGACAGGCUACAAUGGACAGAGCCUGGAGAGAGCUAGCAGCAUUGGGGAGAUACCCUAUGAUACUCAUGAUGCCAAUGGCUUUGUUAGUAACGGUUAUGAUGGCACCAACAUGAAUGGAGGGAGUGUUGCUACAAGCCCCACACCCUUUAGCACAAAUGAAUAUAAUGGGAAUGGAUACACAGGCUACGAUGAAAACGGCAGUAUCAUCAGUGCCAAUGGUAAUGGAAGUAUAAUAAGCGGCUUCAACGGAAAUGGCAGCACUGUCAGUGGUUACAAUGGGAAUGGCUACAAUGGAAAUGAGAAUGGCAGCGCACAGUUUGUCAGGAGACGGCUACUUCCUUCCAUACCGAAAGGUCGUACGCCUGCCUUUAACUUCCGUUGUCUGAGGCCACAGAGCAGUGUGGAUGACCAGCUCCCCAUCCCAGGGAACUACCGUGGGAGCACAUCCCCAUCAAGACCCCCGCUACAGACCCAGCACAGCCUUGACUCCCGGCCCAGCAGCGUGUCCUCGAUGUCAUCUGCCUCCUGGGUGAACACAACAGCAACUGGCACCACUCCUGUUUCAGGAAUAAUGCCCACCUCAGGACGUAGGGGCAAGCUCAUCUACACCCCUAUGAUCCUGGUGGACGAAGCCACCGGCACCAGCCAACCACUGUGGAGCGACGGCUCUGCCAGCCUCCCAGCAGGAAGCAGUCCUGGCUGGUACCCCGGCCAGACCAGGACCUUCACCAGCAUGAGGAUGCCACCGGUCAACCAGGGCUUCGUAGACAGAGGCAGUGCAGACAGUCUGGUUGAGUCGAUCUUGAUCUCCGAGGGUCUCGGCGUCUACGCCAGGGACCCGAAGUUCGUUAGCUUUGCCAAGCGGGAGAUUGCUGAAGCCUGUCGCAUGAGCCUGGACGAGAUGGAGAGCGCUGCUGCUGACCUCAUAGCUCGCGGAGCCAGUCAGUCGAUUUCUCGCUUUGAGGAUGAACUGGCCGAUGAAAUGAACUGUGUGAUUUCUUACUGAGAUAAGCAAAACUGAAAUAACUGUGUGAGAAAGUAAUCUUUUAUGUGAUGUGUGUUUAUAUCUGCUGUGAAGAAAAAAGAAAGUGGACUGGACAGCACAUGUGUAAGAAUGAUGUGAUACAAAUGGGAUAUCAAGUUUGUCUAUUUUGUUGUCCCAGGGUAAAAUGUUGUGUUGGGUAAGAUAUGUUUUUAUUUAUGAAUGCCAAAACACACACACACACAAUCAUACACACACUGAUUUUAAGAGCACAUGUCAGUAUGUGGCAGGACUCAACAAUGUAUGAACACUAUGACUGCAGUGGUUUGCAGGAGAGCCUUCUGCAUGUGACAGAAAACAGUGGCUGUUAUUAUGACAAAGGACCAUUUUUUGCAUUGUGUUCUCAUUUUGUACCGCACUUUAUACACCUGUAUAAAUUGUAAAAUUAGAAUAUGUUAAACUAUUAGAUCAAUAAAACAUUUAUACUUUGUUACACAAAUAAUGAGAUCCAGUUGAAACCAUUGACUUGUGAGUGCCCAACGGCAUUUGUUAUUUUAGAGAAAUAUUUAAAUAUACUGAAUAUUGAAUAUGCUCUAAAACGUGCAAACUCUUAGCAAAGUUUUGUUUUGGGAUUUUUGUGACUAUAAAUAAAGCAUUAUGUUUUCUCAAA